UUACUCACGUAGAUGGAGGGAGUAGAUAUUUAAAUCCGCUUGCGUGCCACGGCAGCCAUGGCGAGCGCGCCCAAUGGGGUCGCGGCCUUUCACGUGCUGCCGCUGCCCGUCGGGGGCCAGGUGGUGUCGCGAGACCAAUCAUAGCCCGCUCCCACUCGCGACACCUGUGCUCCCUGACGCGUGUCCCUUGCGCGUCCUUGAUAAAACCAACCUGCUUGCCGCCGUGGUCUACUCGCACCGCGCCGAGAAAGUAGCACUCGGUGUAGCUGAGACUAGUCGCAGGCUCGCAGACGUUCUGUUCUGCUUCCGCCGAGGUGCGUGGUGUAUGAUGGAGAGGAAGGGAGGGUGCUGCUUGGCGCCGAGGGCCGCCCAGGCAGGCCAGGGGUGGCACAUGGGAAGGGCCAUGCUGAAGUUUAGGCCCAUCGCGCCAAAGCCGGCGGCGAUGUCGCCUGCGCCGAUGCCGGCCGUGCCGGCUGGGAAGGGGAAGGGGAAACGGAAGGCGGUUGCAGGGCCAGGGGGCACUGGGAGGAGGGGACCGAAGCCCAAGAAGUCGGCCACUGUGGCUGCACCGACGACGCAAAAGUUGGACUAUGUGCAGGACAAGCGUUUGUCCUCGCCGUCGUCCUCCUCGUCGGGGAUGACGUCCGUCGACUCGUCGCCUCCUCCACCCCUGCCUGCAACCCUGCCGCUCAUGCCUGCGCUGCCGGCAGAGGAGGGGUUCGGUGGGGCGGCGCCGGUGGCGAAUCUGGCGUCUGCCCACGUUGUCAGACAGCCGCAGGCCCUGCGGCAAGUGGUGUCCUGGGUGACGGUUGAGGACGUUACAAGCAUCUGGCGCGACGGCGAGGCGCCGUAUGCUGCGGCCUGCGGCGGCGACGAGGCCCCAACGUUCGUGUCCGACCAGUGCGGCCGCGUCACGUGGACAAACGUGGCUUUCAACCGGGCAGUGUCCGGUAGGGAGGACGCCGACGCUACCAUGGCCCCAUCGGCGGCUGCUUCCGAGGUGCGGGUGGUGCUCGCCGCCAAGGAUGGCGCCCCCGUGCCGGCGUGGGGCUCAUGUGCCGGUUUCACCUGUCGGGUGCGCGUCCCGUACGCAUGCCCUCGCCGAGGUUCCCUCGUGGCCCCGUGCGACGUGUGGCGGCUAGACGCUGGCGGCUACCUCUGGCGGCUCGACCUUCAGGCCACCCUCAGUCUCUCCCUCGGCGGCUUCAUUUGACUGCGUAACUGCGUACGCAUUCCUUGUACGGAGACCGGGAGACGUAUGAACCAAUCAAAAUCAUGUGUUAGUCUGCGCUA